UUUAGAAUAACUACUGAGUGCCAUAAUUAGCUUUCAUUCAACAAACUAAUUCCUCAAAUUUUCUUCCCUUUUCCCACAUCGUCUCCCUCCCUCUCCUCUGGUCUUCGUAUUUAUUCUUCAACCCCUCACCUGGGUCUUCUUCAACAGCUUGGACUCUCGUUUUCCGCCUAAAUUUAUUAAGGUGCUUGGAGCAAAUGGCCUUGGUUACCACUGCAGAAGUUUGUGAUGCUAAUCCACAGCUCAUUCUGAGUGGUGAACUUCGGGCCCUUGAGCCAAUUUUCCAGAUAUAUGGCCGACGCCAAGUCUUUUCUGGACCGGUAGUCACACUGAAGGUAUUCGAAGAUAACGUCUUGAUUCGUGAGUUCCUCGAGGAGAAGGGUAAUGGCAGAGUUCUUGUUGUGGAUGGGGGAGGUAGUAAGAGGUGUGCAAUAUUGGGUGGCAAUCCUGUUGUCCAGGCUCAGAACAAUGGGUGGGCUGGUAUAGUUGUGAAUGGAUGUGUUAGAGACGUGGAUGAAAUAAACGGUUGUGAUAUCGGGGUUAGGGCUCUUGCUUCACAUCCAAUGAAAGCCUACAAAAAGCGAAUUGGAGAAAAGCACGUCCCAUUAACUAUAGCCGGGACAAGGAUCAUGGACGGGGAGUGGCUGUAUGCAGAUACUGAUGGGAUCCUGGUUUCACGAACCGAGUUGUCUGUUUAGAGCACUGUUGUAUGACUCCCUUCAAAAGAUUUUGAUGGCAGGAUGAUAUUGUUAUAUGAGGGCGAGGGCGAGGACGAGAGCUUGUCAGUAAUGCUGUUGAUGUCUACUAGUUGACCCUAAAAUUCAACUCCUUUGUUAUAUUUAUGACUUAAAAGUAUGUUAUGCUUGAGCUUAAAAUGAUGUUGUGUGCUGCUGAUGAACUACUGCAUUUGUAUCUUAAUAGUUAUGUGGCCUUUGUGGUUGUAUACAACAUAUCUUGUUACACUCAAGUCUUAUCAAUGAAAAAUACUUCAUAGAAGGAAGAUCCAUUUUCCUUCUGAAAACUUGUUAAUUUAAAA